CUUCAUUUAUAAGUAAAGGUAAGACCAUAAUAACGUUUUUUUUUUUUUUAUUAAAUGUGCUUUUUUGUGUGCUACAGUUUGUAUGUGUUUGAAUGCUGGUAUGAGCUUUUAAACAUAACCCGUUAACUGCAGCCAAUCAAAUGUUUGUAAAUCUGACUGUGAUGAAGUCAGUGCCUCACCAGCCAUGAAUCUCACCGCACGUCACUGUUUCAGGUUUUUAGGUUCUGUAAAUGUGGAACAAUACAACAAACAACAAAUAUUUUUAUUUUAAUUCAAUAUCAAAAACGCUACAGACGACAGAGCCUGGCCUUGCCCUCGCACAUGACUCUUUGUCCCGGUCAGUGAUCUCAGGAGCGGGGCAGCGAACUGCCGCGGUGACCGCCGCUCUCACCCCUGAAAGCGCCAGAGCGAAUUUCCGAACAGACAUUAUUUGGAUGAACUCCGCACAUAUUCCAAAUCAGAGUUAGUUCCCGGUCUGAAAAAUCAAAGUCCCCGCCGUUGCUGCUGUUUGGUGCGAAAUGCAUUUAGGGAUACUUGGCAGUCCCAAGCGGCCACGCCCCCAAACGGGAGGAGAGAGAUUACUUUCAGUGUGGGUAGAUGUAGUCUUUGAACCGGGAUCGAUUAGAACAACACUCGUGCUCCACAAGAAUAUAACACAGAGAACACCGCGGAUUAAUCACCGUCCCGUUUUCUCUGUCAGUGACACUGUUCAGUCACAGUGCAACUUCCGCUGUCUGUUGAAAUGGCGCAGCAAGGAAUUCAGCUGAACGAGGAAAAACUCUGCUGUUCGAUCUGUUUGGAUCUACUGAAGGAUCCAGUGACUAUUCCCUGUGGACACAACUACUGCAAGAACUGUAUCAAAAGCUUCUGGGAAGAAAAGUGUCAGAAGAAAAGACACAGCUGUCCUCAGUGCAGACAGACCUUCAGAUCAAGACCUGUCCUGGUGAAAAACACCAUGUUAGCAGAGUUAGUGGAGGAAGUGAAGAAGACUGGACUCCAAGCUGCUCCAGCUGAUCACUGCUAUGCCGGACCUGAUGACGUGGCCUGUGAUUUCUGCACUGGGAGAAAGCGAAAGGCUGCAAAGUCCUGUCUGCAGUGUCAGCUGUCUUCCUGUGAGCAGCACCUCCAGCCUCACUACGAGGUUGCUCCAUUAAAGAAGCACAAGCUGGUAAAUCCAUCAGCAAAUAUUCAAGAGAACGUUUGCUCCCGUCACAGUGAGGUAAUGAAGAUUUUCUGCCGCACUGAUCAGCAGUGUAUCUGUUAUCUCUGCUCCAUUAAUGAACAUAAAGGCCACGACACCGUCUCUGCUGCAGCAGAAACGACUGAGAGGCAAAAGGAACUUGGGGCAAGCUGGCAAAAGAUCCAGCAGAGAAUCCAGGACAGGGAGAAAGAUGUGGUGGCGCUUCAGCAGGAGGUGGAGGCUAUCAAUCGCUCUGCUGAUAAAGCAGUGAGGGACAGUGAUGAGAUCUUCAAUGAACUGGUGCAUGUUAUCAGGAAAAGAAGCUCUGGAGUGAAGCACCUGAUCAAAUCUCGACAAAAAAACGAAUUGAGUCGAGUCAAAGAGCUUCAGAAGAAGCUCCAGCAGGAGAUCACUGAGCUGAGGAGGAAAGAUGCUGAGCUGGAGAAACUCUCACAGACAGAGGACCACACUCAGUUAUUCCAUAAUUUCCCAUCACUGUCAAAUCUCACUGAAUCUACAAGCUCACCCAGCAUCAACAUACGUCCUCCGCGAUGCUUUGAGGAUGUGACGGCGGCUGUGUCAGAGGUCGGAGAUAAACUACAGGACAUCCUUAAAGAAGACUGGAUGAAGAUCUGUAUGAACGACAGAUCGCUGACAGAUACUGAUGCGGACGUUUUACUGCCACCAGCAGAACCAAAGACCAGAGCUGAAUUCUUACAAUAUUCAAAACAAAUCACACUGGAUCCAAACACGGCUCACACAGAGGUGGCACUAUCUGAAGGGAACAGAAAAGCAACAAAUAUGGAAGUGUCUCAGCUGUAUUCUCCUCAGCCGGACAGAUUCACUGACAUGUUUCAGGUCCUGAGCAGAGAGAGUCUGACCAGACGUUGUUACUGGGAGGUGGAGUGGAGUGGAGGAGGAGUUUCAGUAGCAGUCACAUACAAGGACAUCAGCAGAACAGGAGAUGACAGUGGAUUUGGAAACAAUGAUAAGUCGUGGUCGUUAGAGUGUCCCUUCUUUGGUGAUUAUCAGUCAAAACAAAAGAAGAUCAGCGCUGCCGUCUCAGGCCCUCGGUCCUCCAGAGUAGGAGUUUACCUGGAUCACAGAGCAGGUGUUCUGUCUUUCUACAGCGUCUCUGAAACCAUGACUCUCCUGCACAGAGUCCAGACCACAUUCGCUCAGCCUCUCUACGCUGGACUUGGGGUUAACUAUUUUGGAUCAACAGCUGAGCUGUGUGAGCUCUACUAGACACAUGCUACUGAAAUGUAUUUCCCCCAGGAAACAGAUGACAUUUCACAUCACAGUGACAGAGCAGUUGAUGAUAGAAAUAAACAUUUAUUCCUAUAUAAAUAUAUUCUACUGUAUGUUGUGUAUCACUCUUUCUUUUCCAUUACACGGCCGAGACAGAACACCAAUAAACAUUCAUCCUCAUGCAAAUAUCUGCAUAUGUGCUGUAUGUUGCCUAAAACUGAUUUUAUUGUAUUUGCAUCGUUGCUAUAAUAUUGUUCGGUCUUUCUUUUCCAUCAAACAGCCUUUAAUGGAGUAGCACUCUAAAUCAUUUUCCUCUUGAGUGCUGACUCACCGGUUUAACAGACAUUGUGAACUUUGUGAUUAAAAUUAAUAUGUAGAUUGAGCCAGAGACCUUUACCAGGAUUUAUAUACAGUACGAACAAAGUCACUCAAUAAAGUCAUUUCUAAGAGUA